CCUUCGUUUCCCUUUGAGACUAUCCACAUCUCCUGCAAGUCAGAUGCGUAUCAAGGAACUGAUUAUUGUUACGCUGGUGUCAUCAUCUACUCUUGCGAUGGCAAAUCAGAGUGGCAAACCGCCAAUGGUACCCGCUGUAAGAGUGGAUAUCUUGUGAUUAUGGAUACUGGAACUGAGAAAGUGAAGCAGUUUCGGGGAAAAAGCCCUGGCCAAGUUCAUGGAGCUGUUUACAGAAGUGCUUUUGGAGAGGAACGCAAUCCGCGAAUUGUCAUUGCUGAAGGUUUCUCUGUGAUGAAUGGAAAGUUCAAGAUAAAUUCGGGUGUGUUUAAUCCGGCACAAGAUGGCUACCACGACAGUAAGAAAUCCAUGAAUCCUUAUACCGAGCAGUGCGUUAAGAAAGUGAUUGAUUACUGGAAGGAAGCGCGUGAACACUUCCUUCGGUGCAGAAAUUUUAAGGUCCAAGACUUGUUGAAGGAAUGA